AUGCCGGUCUUUGAAGGACUCUUUCCAGCAGAGCAUGAUGUGAUUGUGCAAUCACUUCUGUAUAAGUUUGUGCACUGGCACGCACUCACAAAACUCAGGGUGCAUACUGAAAGCACAUUAUUGGUGCUGGAUGAGACAUUCAAGAAGCUCUCACAUCAGUUGCGCAAGUUCUGUGAUUUCACGUGUGCUGCUUUCACCACAACGGAGUUACCGAAAGAAAGAGCUGCUUGCGAGUGUAAGGCUACACAUGAACACUUGUGCCCCAACAAUCCGGACCCUGGCGUUAGUAGCCAAAAGGUAAAGAAAUUUAAUCUAAAUACUUAUAAAUUUCACGCCAUGGGAGACUAUGUGCGAUCAAUCCGACUCUUUGGAACUACAGACUCUUUUACCACACAAAUUGGAGAGUUGGUGCAUAGAGCAUUGAAGGCAUUUUAUCCUUUGACCAAUAAACUAGACACCCCAACUCAACUCGCUACACAUGAAUCAGAAUCUGGACAAAGUUUGUAUGCUCAGGAUGAUAAGGAUACAACGGUCGAUGCGCCUUUGGCAUUCAACCUCAAGCAUCAUCACCAUAUACCGACGCUUAGCCGCAACCAUCCAUUGGAUAUUUUUCAAUUUCUUCGCCAACAUGAUAAUGAUCCGGCUGUGGCAGGAUUCAUUCCAAAACUGAAAGAUCACUUGUUAUAUCGCUUCCGAGGGUUGGACGUUAGUUAUUGUGACCAUAUGUUUACGGAUGACGAGUGCAGUUCGGUUGUCAUCCCUGACAACAGGAUUUAUUCGGUUCAAACAAUGCAGGUAUGCGUAUAUUAUUAG